CUACCCUACCACGUAGGCCAAUUCAGCUUGACAAAUUUUUUUCAUGUUAAUUUCUUUUCUUACAAACGUAUCAUAUGUGUAAGAUUUUAUAUUGUCUAUACUUGUCUAUGGUACAUAUAUAAGAAAAGGAGAUAGCAAAGCAUAGACUAUUACAUAUAAAGAGGAUCAUGUCCAUGGACCUGAAGGACGGUUUCCUCUCUGGUAGUAACUGUUUACGUAAAUAACGAUAUAAUAGCGUUGUUAUUUUUAUUACUAUGCACAUUCGUAGAAGAUUAUGUAGUAAAUCUUUGUAGAUGACUUGUAUUAGAUCAGUUAUAAUACAUAUUAUAAACUAGUUGGUCAAACAGAAAAACAAUGUCUUCUUCGAGGGUCGACGAAUUGAUCAGUUAUUUCAAAUCUCACAAUAAAAUAAGGGAACAACAAAGUCAUUCUGCAAAAGUGCACAGUGUAGGAUGGAGUUGCGAUGGUAAACUAUUGGCCUCCGGAUCUUUUGAUAAAUCUGUUUGCAUUUUCUCCCUUUGUCCGGAUCGUUUAAAACAAGAAACUACUUUUAGAGGACAUGGUGGAAGUGUUGAUCAACUAUGUUGGCACGCAUUUUACCCAGAAUUAUUGUCUACUGCAAGUGGGGACAAAACAGUUCGGAUAUGGGAUACAAGAACACAAAAAUGCACAGCAAAUAUCAGUACAAGAGGUGAGAAUAUCAACAUAUCAUGGUCACCUGAUGGGAACACAAUAGCAGUUGGAAACAAAGAGGAUCUGGUGACUUUCAUCGAUGCAAGAGUGAUGAAGAUUCGUGCCGAGGAACAGUUCAAUUUUGAAGUUAAUGAAAUUUCGUGGAACAAAGAUUCAGAUACGUUUUACCUUACCAAUGGUCAAGGCUGUGUACAUAUCCUUAGUUACCCAGAUUUGGAGCUGUUGCACGUCAUCAAAGCACAUCCAGGAACCUGUAUUUGUAUAGAAUUUGAUCCUACUGGAAGAUAUUUCGCAACUGGCUCAGCGGAUGCUUUGGUUUCCUUAUGGGAUGCAGACGAACUGUGUUGUUUAAGGACAUUCUCUAGAUUAGAGUGGCCAGUGAGAACUAUAUCAUUUUCAUAUGACGGGCAACUGUUAGCAGCUGCAUCUGAGGAUCUCGUUAUAGACAUUGGCGAAGUUGAAACCGGAGAAAAAAUCGCAGAUAUACCUGUAGAAGCAGCAACCUUCACGGUUGCAUGGCACCCAAAACAAUAUUUAUUAGCAUAUGCGUGUGAUGACAAGGAUACGUAUGAUAGAAAACGCGAUGCUGGCAGCCUAAAGGUAUUUGGAUUCGCCAAUGAUUAACAAUCCAAUUUUUAGAUUUUCAUAUUAAACUCCAUAUUACAAAGAAAUGACUCAAAUGAUCUCUAUACCUCCUCUAAUGUAUUUCUAAUAAUAUCGUAAAUAUCGUACCGAAUACAAAAAUACGAUAUACGUAAUGGUCUCGAAGACUGUAUAUAAAGUGUGAAUAUACUUUCAGUAUUUUAGGA